AUGGCUAGUAAUGAAAUUGAUUUGGGAGUCACAUGCGAUAUGCAUGUCCAUGUGAGAGACGGUGCUAUGUGUGAAUUAGUGACCCCUAAGAUUAGAGAAGGUGGUGUCUCAGUAGCAUAUAUUAUGCCAAAUUUACAACCACCAAUUACUACGUUGGACAGAGUUGUCGAGUACAAAAAAACAUUGGAGAAACUUUCACCGGAGACUACUUUUUUGAUGAGUUUUUACCUCUCGAAGGAUUUGACUCCGGAGUUAAUUCACCAAGCUGCAGCUUGCAAAGCUAUCCAGGGUGUUAAAUGCUAUCCGGCAGGAGUGACUACCAACUCGUCAUCUGGGGUUGACCCGAAUGAUUUUAGUUCAUUUUAUCCAAUAUUUCAAGCAAUGGAACAAGAAAAUAUAGUGCUGAACCUUCAUGGAGAGAAACCAUCGACACUUGAAGAUAAUGUUCAUGUUUUGAAUGCAGAGGAGAAAUUCCUACCGGCUUUGAAGAAAUUACAUCAGGAUUUUCCUAAUUUGAAGAUAAUCCUUGAGCAUGCUACCACGGAGGCAGCUGUUAACAUCAUUGAAGAAAUUAACAAGGGAAUCACUGAUCCGCAAGAUGUUAAGGUAGCGGCCUCACUAACAGCACAUCAUUUAUAUCUUACAGUUGAUGAUUGGGCUGGUAACCCCGUUAACUUUUGUAAACCUGUUGCAAAGCUACCGAACGAUAAGGCUGCCUUGGUGAAAGCUGCUACUUCAGGUAAACCAUUCUUCUUCUUCGGAUCCGACUCGGCACCUCAUCCAGUAGAGAACAAGUCCAAGUACGUUGGUGUUUCCGCCGGUGUUUACACACAAUCAUUUGCCAUUUCAUAUUUAGCAGAGAUUUUCGAUAGCUUAGGAUGCUUAGAUAAGUUAAGGGGUUUCGUUUCAACUUGGCCACUCAAUUUCUACGGCAUUGAUGAAAAGGAUCUUAAAUGUAAGAAGAAAGUAGUCAUUUACAAAAAGUCGCACCUUGUUCCUAUUGCGAUCACUGAUAACAAAGACAUCGCUGUUGUACCAUUUAUGGCAGAAAAGAGACUGAAUUGGUCAGUUAAAUGGUCGGAUUGA